AUGGCCCCGCUCAUCUACAUCCACCCCAACCCCGAACAAACCAUCAUCCCUCUUCUUCGCGCGCAUUUCCCUUACUCGGUCUCCUUGCUCCGGCGCAUCCAGCAUGCUCUGGCAUAUUCAUCCAGCACUGCCAGAGUCCUGGCGACUUUCCCACCGAAUGCAACUGGAGCUGUAACUGAUCUCCGAUCACCCUGGCUGGCCGCUUAUGUCGAUCUCUUCCGCGGCAGGGAAACGCAGAUAAUCCUCUACUCGAGUCUGCAAAGGGAUGCUCCCACUGACUCAAACCCGGUAUUAGCCGGCAAUGAGAAGCAGCACAGUGAAGCUGAAAAUGCAACUGCAAAUGCGAAUGCAAAGGGAGAUGCGGUCUCUACACUUUCAACCACAGACCCUGCCGUUCUCGAUCUUGUCCGCGGCCAACUCCUAGGCCUUCUGGUAUACAUCAAAGCCAAAUUACUCCCGGAAUACCUGGCAACACAGUGUCAUCCAGACGGUCCCAGCACAGGUGCUAACGGUGCCAAUACCACAAAGAAAGACCACACAAUCCCCCCUCCACCACCACAGGCCUUCCUGAUCGGCUGUCUACAUACGGGAUUACAGUCCCUCCUCACGGCCUCGGGCACAUAUACGGAUCCCAACCCGUGGGCUGGUGUGAAGAUCCAUCGAUUCGAUAAUCCGCCGUAUGUGAAGUAUCUGUUUCCGCCGGCGAUACUGGAGACAUCGAUCGUGGAAGAGGGUUACACGCUGCCGCCGGGAUACAGAUUCGAAGAUAAAUACGGCCGACGCGGUCUUCAGUCGUACCAGUUCGACCUCGUGCAGAGCAGGACGCAUAUUCCUCGCUCUUCGGAGUCCCUAGGAUGUAUGCCUAGUUUGGGUAUUUAUUUCUCUGGUACUGCUACUGCUACCGCUACCCAGCAAGGGGACGACCAAGACCAAGACAAGGAAUGGCCUAUUGCAUGGGCGUUUAUCGGAUUCGAUGGCGCCCUCGCGACGCUGCAUGUCGAACCCGAGCAUCGCGGGAAGGGGCUGGCGGUGCAUUUGUCCAAGGAGGUCAUGAAGAGGGGUUUAUCUGCCAAGGGACCCUUUCGUACUCCCGUCUCUUCUUCGGGAGGGAGAGAAGAUGGGGGAUGGGGACAUGUUGAGGUGGCAAUGAAUAAUGUUGCUAGUCGUAGGGUUAUGGAGAAGGUCGGGGGUGAAACGGGGUGGACUGUUACAUGGACUGUUGUUGAGCUUGUGGAUUUGGAUUAG